CUCAACACUGUUACAGCCUCAGGAAGCACACGCUGGUAGCUGCUACAAUAGACUGUAUUAGCCAGUCAGUGGAUCCAUCAUCUGCUUUCCCACUGAGUCAGACCACAGCUUGUCUGUGCAAGCACAUGCAAAGUUUUGAUGUGAUGUCAGAGCCUCUCAAGUGCUGCAUCUGCCUGGAUGACUUCACCAGGCCUGCGUCCCUCCCCUGUGGACACUGCUUCUGUCUGGGAUGUAUCGGAGAAUACUGGAGGAUCCUGAAGGCCUAUCGGUGCCCCCUCUGCAAGGCCCUCUUCCCCACCAGGCCACAGCUCAAAACAGACCAAACGCCGCAGCCUCAGAACGCAGCUUCUCCUUUAAAAGCUGGAGAGGUUCCCUGUGAUUUCUGCCCCGCAAAGCGUCCAGCAGUCAAGUCCUGCCUGGUGUGUCUGGCUUCGUACUGCGACGCCCAUCUGGAACCGCAUUACCAGAGCGAAGAUCUUGGGCGCCAUCUUCUGAUCAGCGUGGUGAAGAACCUGGAGGACUCCGUGUGCAGGCUGCACGGGAAGCGGCUGGAGAGCUUCUGCAGCAGUGACCGGGCGUGCAUCUGUGCCAUGUGUGCCCAGACGGAGCACAGGGGCCACCACAUCAUCUCCAUCAAGAGAGAGGCCGCGAAGAAGAAGAGCAUAAUAAGACGGAGAAGCCUGAAAGUGCAGCGAGCCAUUCAAGAGCGACAGAGUGAAGUUGAGAAGAUAAAACACUCAGACCUCAGCGUGCAAGACAAAGAGCCCAUUAAGCAGCUGCAAGAAGAAAUCGCUGAGCUGCAGGAGAGGAACACUGAGCUGCAGCAGCUCUCACAGACCGAAGACAACCUGCACUUGGUACAGAGAUUCCUGCACACGGCCUUAUGACGGGACCGACACAACUCACAGGAGCAACAGAACAAAGUCAUUUUAUUCUUCAGUAGUCGUGCACAGCAGCAUAUUUAGUUUGCUUUAAACGGACGUUGUAAAGCUUCUUGUGGAGCGUUCAAUGAGACAAUCCACAUCGCUUGUACAUGUUUCCAUUCAAUAGAUUGAUUAUAGAUGGACGGAUAAGGUACUGAUAUCAUUUAACUCUUACUAGAAAGUGAAUUCAUACUUUUUCUAUUGUCUAGUCCUUGUUGAACUGUAAAAGCUGUAAAAAAACAACAACAAUUCUCUGGAGAAAAAAAGGAUUAAUGAGCAUUUAUCCAGUAAAUCUGAAACCAGCUGAACUUGAUGGUAUGAAUGUAACUUAUUCCUGAGUGGAUGAUGUGACGAACGGUGCUUCAGUGUUGAAAAGGUUUUUGAUUGUCUGAAUAAAAGCAAAAUGAAUUCCUGUAUUUAUACAUGUGAAAAGUGCAUUCAUGAGUAAACCCGACAUGAAAUCAA